ACAGCGCUGCAGGAGGUGUGUCUGUAUCACUUUUACCACUUCUUCCAGGAAGUAGGCUCUUUUUUUCUGUCUUGUUGGGUAAAAGUGUAAAGUCUGGUGGCGUUGAUGGUGAAGUUUUGCCGCCAUGUCGGACUCUUUGGAGAGAAACACCAAAAUCAGCCAGCUGAAGGAGCCGCUGGUGAAGAAGCUCUGCGAGGUUCUGGACAAAUCCAGCAGCAAAGGAUGGCGAAAACUCGGAGAGAUAGUCGGCAGUGACAGGCGGUUCAAAGUCAGCUCAGACGACAUGGAGAUGUGCUCCCUGAAGGUGCUGGAGCUGGAGGGCAGCCCGAGCCUCAUGCUGCUGAGGCUGAUUGGAGAGCGAGGCUGCACCACGGGUCACCUGAUGGAUUACCUCCAGACUCUGGGCAACCAGGACGCUCUGCAGUGCCUGAAACCGCCAGCCCUGCAGAUCGUCAUCCAGCCCCAGUCUGUAGCUCUUAUUUGUGGCCACAAUCUGCGUCUCAGCUGCCAUGCCGUCUGCAAAUCUCCAGUCCAGUACCAGUGGUUCAAAUAUAAUCAAGAGGUGCCAAACAGCCUCUCCCCAGACCUGGUGAUAAGUCCGGUCCAUCUGAAGGACGCCGGCUUUUAUAUCUGCAGGGUGAACAGUGUAGACGCCUUUGAAUUCAGCCAGUGGGUUCAGGUGGACGUCCUGAAUGUCGGCGUGUCUUAUGGAGGGCAGAGUUAUCAGUCCUUAGACGGCCGGAUGAAGGUGGUGAUCCAGCCUCAGUCCCAGCGGCUACAUGUUGGUGAAAACCUGCAGCUGGAGUGUGGAGCCGUCGGACGUCCGAUUCCUCGCUAUCAGUGGCAUAGAAAUGGGGUGCCGAUUGCAAACGCCUCAAAGAGGAAACUCACGAUUCCUCACGUGAUGCAGGAUCAACACGGCAGGUAUCGCUGUGAGAUCAGCAGCAGCAGCAGCAGCAACUCUGAGAGGAUGUGGACCAAUGAAGUCGACGUUAUAAUAGCACCGGGGAUAUCUGUCCAGAUUUCAGGGGCAAUGGAGUGCUCUGAAGAUGACAUUUACGCCAUUGGAGGAGGUUCCAGUGACUUUUUCUUAAACAGUAUUCCUGAACAACUUUAUGCGACCGACAAAGUGGCGCUGCUGAUCGGCAACCUGUCGUACCAGAACCACCCUCAGCUCAAAGCUCCCAUGGUGGACGUCUACGAUCUCACCAAUCUGCUGCGGCAGCUAAACUUCAAAGUGGUUUCGCUGCUGGACCUCACAGAGUCGGAGAUGAGAAACGCUGUUGAUGAGUUUCUGCUGCUGCUGCACAAAGGCGUCUACGGUCUGCUGUACUACGCCGGUCACGGAUACGAGAACUACGGAAACAGCUUCAUGGUGCCGGUAGACGCUCCAAACCCCUACAGGUCGGCCAACUGUUUAUGUGUGCAGAGCAUCCUGAAGCUGAUGCAGGAGAAGGAAACGGGCCUCAAUGUUUUUCUGCUGGACAUGUGCAGGAAAAGGAAUAUUCAUGAUGACAGCACCCCAAACAUUGUCCUGAGGGUUACGGCCAACAUUGUCUUUGGAUAUGCUACGUGCCAGGAUGCCGAAGCCUUUGAGCUGAGCUCCAGCGGCUUCACCAACGGUGUGUUUGUCAAGUUUCUGAAGAAGCGUCUGCUGGACGAUGAGAAGAUCACAGUGGUGCUGGACAGAGUCGCUGAGGACAUGGGUCAGUUUGAUGCGACGAAGGGGAAGCAGGCUCUGGAGAUCCGCAGCAGCCUGUCAGAGAGGAGAGCGCUGACUGAUCCUAUUCUGCCCGGCGACAGCGCUGACCUCCUUCACGCUCACAGCCGCCAGUGGGCGAAAGCUCACGAGCUUCCUGAGAGUAUGUGUCUCAACUUUGACUGCGGCGCUCAGAUCAAGUUGGGCUUCGCUGCUGAGUUCUCCAACGUGCUCGUCAUUUACACUCACAUCGUGAAGAAGCCGGAGGACAUGUCCUCCUGCCAGGCUCACGUCACUGACUUCUCACAGGACCUGGAUGUGGAUCCUAAAGAGAUGAACAGAGAGACUCCGGAGGAAACAGGAAUCUACCUUCUGUCCAGCUGCCUGCCGCAACACUGUCUCUACACCAGACUCAGCUCACUGCAGAAGCUCAGGGAGGAGCUGGUCUUCACCGUUUGCCUUCAGGGCACUUUUGCCUCCAUGGACGACGACCAUCCCGUCCACUGGACCAAAAGCGUCAACAUCGGCAAGCCGCUGAUCGCUCGGCUGGACCUCCACCGGGCCAUGAGGCGGAACAGCUGCCUGCAGACCUGCAUGAUGCCCCACAGUCCGUCCCACAGCCCCUGCCACAGCCCCGGGCCCGAACACCGCCUCUACCCCCAUCACGGCUCUCUGCAGGCCCAGGACAACAACCGGCUCUCCCCCCAGCAGCGCUACCUGGACAUCUGUGAGCAUCUCCAGGGCACACUGGGAGGCUGCAGGGAUUCCUACUGCGACCACCUGAGCCAGCGUCGCUACGAGCCGCCUUACGACUCACCUGAGGGGCUGUCGAGCUCCCCGGGGCGACUCAGCAUCCCGAUAGAGGCGACUGACGACAUCGACGAGCUGCAGACAGUGUUCAUCAACAGUCUGCAGCCUCAGCUGUAGUGAAACACACAGAGGUCUUCAAAGUCUGCUGCUGUACUUUCUGUUACAUGCUGUGAAAAGAUUUUAUAUUCUUGGAUUUAUACGCAUUAUUUGUAUGCUGACAUACGUACAUUUUGUAAAUACACUUUUAGAGAUAUCAACAAGUGCAUUUCAGUAAAUUGGCAAAGGGGUGACUGAUGUAGUUGUAGUUUUUUAGUGCUUUCAAACAGAAGUGAAAAUGUUGCGCUUGCAAAGAUUUAUUCAAAUUAUAAACCAGGUGAGCUCAAAUUAAAGGUCAAAGAGCAUCAUCAUCAUCAUUUUAUUAAAUAUUAAACCUGAGGAGAGAAAAAGGUGGAUGAAAACUUUGAUCACAAAAAAUGGACAAAAAUGUCCCCAAAGUUUUUACUCAAGCAGAACUUUCAAAAUCUCAAUGUUUGCAUUGCUGCAUUUAGAAUUAAUAACCACUUUACAUACAGUUCCCAAUGUGAGGUUUGAGGCUCUGCUAAGGUCAGAAGAUCAAUUUGAGUGAUCUUGAGAUGACUGAUAAGAGAAAAGUUCUGCAUCACAAAAUGUUUUUUUCUUUUUCUUUUUGUGCAUUGUCCUCUGUUCACAACAUCUUAGUUUUUUUGUCAUCUCUUUGUGUUUCAAAAAAUGACUCAAAUGUAGUGUUGCAAUUAGUGCGUUAUUUCUACCUGAAUUGAUUGAGUAUAAAGUAGCAUAAACUGGAAAUACUCAAGUACAAUUACCUCACAACAUUUACUCAAGUCUGUAUUUUUGUGAAAUGCUUUCCACCACUGAUCAUAGAUAUGUCCGAGAGGAAAUAUGAUUGAAAAUUUCACACGCAGAGUAUUUUUUACAACGCUGUUCCGGUGUUUUCUGUCAGUGUCCCCUCAGGAUGGCAGUAGAAGGCCUCUGGGUUGAAAAGUUUCCACCAGCAGCCUCCCAGCUGUUUGCAUUAUAUAACAUGAUCCCAGUGUAUGUAUAUAUCUUACUUUCAACAAGUAUUUCAGUACAGAUUACAGAAUACUUGACCUUAAAUGUAAUUUGUGUUGUAUUCUUUUACUCAAAGUGAUAUAUUUAAAAUAAUUUGCAUAAUUGGAUGUUACUCUCAGAAUAUAGAUACUUAAAGUAGAAUAAACUGAAGAGUCACUGGU